AUGGUGGUGCCGGGCGGAGCGAUCCCUGGCGGGGCCAGUGCCCUGAGCUCUGUGUUCACGCUGCUGAACUCAGCCGUGGGUGCCGGCGUGCUGUCGCUACCCUUUGCAUUCAGGGCGGCGGGGUGGGCUGGCUGCCUGCUGGCGACGCUGGCAGUGGCCGCGACCGAGGCCUUCACUCUCUACGUUCUGGCACGCUACGCCGAAGUAACCGGCUCAGCCACUUACUCGGACCUGGUGCGCAAGAUGCUGGGGCGCAAGGCCUCAGCCGCCAUGUCCAUCGUACUCAUCAUCUACUCCUACGGCUCAGCCACGGCGUACCUGAUCAUCCUGGGGGACUGCGCCCAGCCGAUGCUGGAGCAGGCGUUUGGGCUGGUGUGGUGGACGCAGCGCGAUCUCGUCAUCUUUGUGCUGGCAUCCGCCUUCAUGCUGCCCCUCUGCUUCCCACGCACCCUGGACGCCAUCUCAGGCUUCAGCAGCGUGACGUUUUACGCGCUGUGCGCCGUGGUGGGGAGCGUGGUGUACCGCUCGGUGGAGGCGGUACAGGCCCCCGACUACGACUGGUCGCACUGCCACACCAACCUGGUGGCGGUGUUUGCUGAGCUGGAGGAGCAACCAGACCUGCUGUUCUCAUCCACAGCCAACCUUGUGGCCAUGGUAACAGGCGGCGCCAGCACCGCCGCCAGCCCAGACAAGGCUGCUGGCGGCGCCGACCGGGAGGCUGAAACCAGCGAGGCGGGCACAGCGCCGGCGCCUGCGCAGGAGGAGGAGGGGCGCGUGCUGCUGCUGCGCAACCCGCCGCGCCGCUUUGUGCGGCCCAGGGGGCGCACCCUCAAGCUGGCGGGCAUCACGCAGGUCGUGUGCGUCGCAAUCUGCCUCACUGCCGGCUUCUACUCGCUGGUGGGCAUCUUCGGCUACCUCAACUUCCCCCUUGACGCCCACAGCAACAUCCUGCUCAACUACUCUGGCAACGACAAGCUGAUGCGGGUCGCGCGUGCGCUGGUGGCUGUGAUCCAGAUUAUCCAUUACCCAGUCAACCAUUUCCCAGCCAGGAACGCGACCAGGGACCUUCUGGCGCAGCUGACGGGGCGCCAGUUCACCAGCACCACCUACAACGUCACCGAGGUGCUGGCCUUCUUCGCCGCCACCCUCGCCCUGUCCCUGCUGGUCACCGACCUCGGCUCGGUGUUCAAGGUUAUAGGCGGGUCGUGCGGCGCGUUUUUCAUCUUUGGCAUGCCGGGAGCCUUCUGCCUGCAGUAUGCCUACAACAAGCAUCUCAACGUAAGGGGCGGACCAGAGGAGCCCCUGCUGGGCCCAGAGCCCGUGGCGGAGGCAGAGACGGGCCAGCAGCAGCCGCAGCGGCAGCAGCUUUCUAGGCAGCAAGCAGCGCAGUAUCACUUCCUGGCCAGCAAGCUGUGGUGGGCGGGCAUCGCCCUGCUGCUGCUGGCGUUGGGCCUCAUCUCGAUAACCCUGUACUCUCUGCUGGCGCCGCCAGUCUGA